AAAACAACAAUUUAGAACCCCCAAAUUCAGAAAUAUACCUAUCUAUCUGAUUCUUUUCAUUCAUUCUCUUUGACUGUUUCUGAAAAAAAAAAACUAAAACUGCUAGGCUUUUUCCUAUUUGAUACACUACACAGAGAUUUAUUCUUGUUUUCUUUAAUGGAGGUUGAAACAUCAACUUUCACUCCUUCUUCAUUCCCUUUAGCCAUAAUUUAUUAGAUAACAGAAUGGUACUUCUUGAUGAUACCAAUUUAAAUACAGAGGUGAUGAAUUCAAUGGUGAUUAGCAAUGAAGACAGAAAAGAAAAGGAACAAAGUUCUGAAACUUUGAUUGGUAUGAAUACAGAGAUGGUGAAUUCAAUGGUGAUUUCUGAGGAGGAAGAAACUGAAACUGUUUCUGAAACUUUGCUUACUAUGAAAUCAAUGGUGAUUGACAAUCAAGAGGAAGAAGGAGGUGAAGAUAAAGGAAGUGAAAUUAUUCUAGAAGCGGUUGAUUUGAAAUCAGCAGAGAUUGAUGGUUCUGGUGGGGAAACGAAAGCUGUGUUGAAGAUGCAGAAAGCUUACAGAGGUUAUAGGACUCGACGUAAGUUAGCUGAUUCUGCUGUUCUUGCUGAAGAAUACUGGUGGCAAGCAAUUGAUUUUGCAAGAUUGAAUCACAGUACAAUCUCAUUUUUCAAUAUGCCUGAAACACCUAUCUCAAGGUGGAAUCGAGUUGCUUUGAAUGCAUCCAAGGUUGGGAAAGGAGCAGCUAAAGAUGCAAAAGCAAGGAAAUUAGCAUUCCAGCAUUGGAUUGAAGCUAUUGAUUCACGACAUCGGUAUGGACAUAGUUUGCAUUUGUACUAUGAAGAGUGGUCUACUGGAGAUGCAGGACAGCCAUUCUUCUAUUGGUUGGACAUUGGAGAUGGUAAAAAUUUUGAUCUCAAAGAGUGUCCUAGAUCGAAGCUUCGUCAACAAUGCAUCAAGUAUCUUGGACCUCAAGAGAGGGAACACUACGAGUACAUAAUUAUUAAUGGGAUAAUUCUUCACAAGCUAAGUGGAGAACUUAUGGAUACAAGUAUAGGAUCCGAAGGAGCUAAAUGGAUAUUUGUAAUGAGUACAUCCAAGAAACUUUAUGGUGGAGAGAAAAAGAAAGGGUGUUUUCAUCAUUCCAGUUUUCUUGCAGGCGGAACUACCCUAGCAGCUGGAAGGCUUGUUGCCGAGAAUGGAAAGCUUAAGACAAUUUCUGCAUAUAGUGGACAUUAUCGCCCAACUGAAGAAAACCUCGACAGCUUCAAAGACUUUCUCAGUGAAAACGGGGUCAACCUUGAUGAAGUUCAGAUCCGCUCUUCCACCGAUGACUACGAGAGCAAUGGAGACAGCAAAUCAGUUCAUGGGAGUGGAUCAUUAGAAGCUUUUGCCAACAAAACUGAAGCCUCAGCAUCUUCUGAUUCUCUUCAUCUUGAAAUUCCGAAUGGUGAAGUGGAAGACCUAAUACUCCCAGAACCAACAGAAGGUAGUCUCAGAAUUGAAAGGAAAGCAAGUUACAAGAGAACCUUAUCAGGUGGUCUCCAAAGUCCAAGAGCAGAUGUGCCCAAGAUAAAAAUAUUAGAGAGGAUCAAUUCCAAAAAGGCAACAUCUUCAUAUCAAUUGGGUCAUCAACUCUCACGAAAAUGGUCCACCGGAGCCGGUCCAAGAAUUGGGUGUGUAGCAGAUUACCCUCUAGAAAUACAACAACAAGCCUUGGAGUUUGUGAAUCUCUCACCAAGAACUACGCCAGCAACUUCUCAACACUUCACUGAACUCUUUCCAUCUUCUCCUCGCUCAGAAAAUGGCUCAGUGAGCAACUGUAAUGUUGAUAAUUGAGUCAUAUGACCUCUUUUUAUUGUAUUUUUACCUUGGCACUUCACCCCAUUACCUUUCACCUUUGUAUUGUUUCUUGAGUACAGUAUUUCAAAUCUAAAAGUUAUAAUGGCUUUAGGAAUGAUGAAUUAUGUUA